AUGGAUAAAAACAUGGCAGAGGCAGCAGUUGAAACGCCUGCUGUGCGAUUUUUCUGCCACAAAUGUAACCAGGAAAUUAACCCCGUAUUACCGGAAUACAUUUGCCCCCGGAGUCAGUCGGGUUUCAUUGAAGAGUUGGCGCAGGGUCCCCCGGAUCACUCUAUAGAGGACUCUGAUAACGAUUUAGACCAUGCUGCGCAAUUUAGAGAGCUUUGGAACAGUACGAUAAUCGAUGUGCUGCGGAGACUGGAUAGUGGUCCUGGUGGCAUGGUGGAGGAUAACCUGUCGCCAGAUGCGCCGUCAUCGUCAGCUUCGGACUCCAUGGUGCGGCGGAGAUCACCGGGGCGGGCGGGCCGCAGGCCACAUCCUGAUAGCCAGGGGAGGGAGCCCUUGGAAGGUAUCAUUCACCAGAUUUUUGCCAACCUCACUGGAACUACAGGUUUUAUCUCAAACCAAGGCCUUCCAGUGCUGGUCAACCUCCAUGGCAACUCUGGAGACCAUGCCUGGGGCCGAGGGGGCCUGGAUGCUGUCAUAACACAGCUCCUGAAUCAACUGGAUGGGACAGGGCCACCUCCUUUAGCAAAAGACAAGAUUGAGAAGAUCCUUACUGUCAAGAUUGUCCAGGAGCAAGUUGACAAAUUGCUUCAGUGCACAAUAUGUAUGGAGGAGUUCAAGACUGGUGAACAGGUCAAGCGACUUCCCUGCCAGCAUCACUUUCAUCCAGGCUGCAUUGUGCCCUGGCUGGAAGUGCACGGUACAUGCCCUAUCUGCCGCAAGCUGCUGAAUGAAGAGGCUGGGUCGGAAUCGGCUUCUGCAGCUGGAAGCAGCACAAGUUCGGGGACAUCACGGGCAGCAGGUGUGGGGCCUUUGCCGCGCUCUCAGCCAUGAUGCAGCCAUGGCGGCACUGUUGCACAUGCAUGGGGCACCCAGAAGUGCCCGCUCGUCCCAUCUGCCGACACAUGCGGCCUCAGCAUCUUCGUCCUCAUCCUCUACCUCUUCGCAGCCGCCGACCAGCAGAGCUCGACGGUAGUCGCCUGCAAACUCGACAACGUCGCGGCGAGGAAGCCACCCGGGCGGCAACCAGUACUCGGUGUACGACUUCAACGACGAGUGUGACUGAAACUUCUUGGGACGCCAGCAAACACCCCCAUGGAACUCCACAGGAAAAACACUU